GCGCGCGACGCCAUUAUAUCUCGAGUCCUCACGCCCAGAAGUGCCAGAUUUGUUUCCUGUUAAAUAUCUACAUUACCAGUGAAUCAGUCAGAGGUAUCAUGGCGAAAGACAUGAUGUUGUACUGGUGCGUCGGUUCCCCGCCGUGCUGGAGGGUGAUGAUCGCGCUGGAGGAGAAAAACCUGCAGGGAUACAACAACAAACAACUGUCGUUUGAGAAAGAAGAACAGAAAACUAAACAAGUGACGGAUCUCAAUCCACGAGGACAGCUUCCAACUUUCAAGCAUGGAAACAUCAUCGUGAACGAGUCGUUUGCUGCAUGCAUGUAUCUGGAGAGUGCGUUCAAAUCUCAAGGUACCCGUCUGAUCCCAGAUAACCCGACUGAACAAGCACUUGUUUAUCAGCGCAUGUUUGAGACCAGCAACCUGCAGCAGAAAAUGUAUGAGGUGGCAUUUUAUGAGUGGUUGGCACCUGAGGGAGAGCGACAUGAAUCCGCCUUGAAGAGAAAUAAAGAGAAUUUAAUUGCAGAGCUGAAACUGUGGGAGAGCUACUUGGAGAAGAUGGGGAAGGGGUCAUACCUCGCUGGAAAGAACUUCUCCAUGGUGGACGUUGUUUGUUUCCCAGUUAUAGCAUAUUUCCCAAGACUUGAGUGUCCUAAAGAGAGAUGUCCCAGACUGAUGGAGUACUAUGACAUGGUGAAGGACCGUCCCAGUAUUAAAGCCAGCUGGCCAGCUGAAUGGCUGGAGAAACCAGAGAAACAGUACACUCUUAAGAACUUAUGAAGACCACCACUGAUGACAACCUGAAGAUAUUCAUAACAAACACAGGUGGAAAGAGUGAAACUGCAUCUAAUUCUGGCUGAUUUCACACCUCAAAUUAGAUCAAAAUAUAAAACAUUUCAAAUGCUCUUUUACUAAUCUGUCAAUUCAAAUACUACAACUGUGAUAUCAUAUGUUAAAUAUUUGACAAGUUAAUCAAAAACAUCUGUUAACGUCAUUGUCAUUUAAACAUUUCAAACUAAACACUCUGUUAAUGGACAUGUAAUGGUAAAUUAACAUUAAUAAACACAAACAUGACGAACAAAGUGAACAUGUUAAUAAAUAAGUCUUUAUAUUGUUAUUGUUAUCUGUUCCCCCAGAAUACAUUUCCCAUUAUUCCCUGCCCUCAUCACUGCCAGCUGUUCUUGAUUGUUUUCACCUGUCUUCCAUUAAAUCAUUAUAUAUUGUGUAUAUAA